UUGUAGAAUAACCUUUUGCAAUUGGACGCUUGAGAGGAUCAAAAGCCUUGAUAUGUUCAAGCAGUCGGUCAACCUUACUUUUCGAGGGAAGACUCAUUUCUCAAAUACUUUGGGCGCCCUGUGCACUCUCUUAGCUUACCUAGCUUUGCUUGGCUAUGGAAUAGUGCUUUUUAGAAUAAUGUUCAAGAGAACCAAUGUGAGCUGGAACCAUAACUCAGUGUAUACCAAUUUGGCAGAAGACCAUUCUGGACUGAUCUGGGACGAAGAAGAUCCUGAAUUCAAGAUAUUCUGGUCAGCAUUGAAUGUAAAUAAUUUGCCAGAGGGCUAUGAAAUGGAUCAACUAGGAAUUUCAGAAUUUUAUACUUUCUCUUCAGACAAUAAAAGUGAUGCCAUUCUUAAUUUCAAUACAACCCAGAUAGAUAAUAUAAGUUGAGAUAACAGCUUUUAUACCGUUCAUGACAAAAUGUAUCCAAAUGGCGAAGUCACUCCUAGUUGACCUCAACUUGCAGGCAAGAAAUUGCAAGGACGUUUUGGUUCGGGACAGGAUUAUAGAGAACUACAAUUUAAAUUUGAGCCAUGCUUUGAGAAUGAAGAUCGCCCAUGUGUUCCUCAGAAUGAAAUGGCUUCAAUACUCGAGAGAUCAUCUGUAAUGAUUCAUCUAAUGAACAGAUACGUUGAUUUGAACGAUAUUGACAAUCCAAUCAAGAAGUUUUAUGAUGAUGAAAUGUUCUUGGAAUUUAAGCAAAAUAAAAAUGUUGUUGUUGAAUUGAAGCUGAGGCAGCAUGAAGUAAUUCUGGAGGAUGGUCUGUUUCCAACUUUGUCAGAUCCAGACCCAAUUUACUUCAAUAGCAUUGAAGAUUAUUCUUACUCUGAAGAAGAUGUAGAAGAUCAUGGAUAUUUUUGGGGCGGUAUACAUGUUAGAAUUAGAAGGGACAGCCAGAUAGACCAGCACAGAAGAAGAGUCCUCAACUUCUUAGAAGUCACAGGAAUUCUAGGAGGUCUCUUUGAAGUCUUCGAAAUUGGAUUUGGAAUCAUCAUUGGACUCUACUCUUCUCAUAUGUUUAAGAAAAGCUUAUAUAAUGAUAUAAGAAAGUAUGAAGAAAAAUUCGAAGCGAUGGAGAAUUGCAUUUCUAAAUUGGAAAGCAAAAUUCAGAAGAACAACCAGAGACAGCAAGACAACAACUCUAGUUGAGUUGCUCCAUCUGCUAAGCUUAGGCGGCAAAGCCAAAUAAAUUUUAGAAAUAUAAACUAUGAGCCAGACAACGAAGAUGAAGAACUGAAAAUUCUUGAAGAGGUUAAGCAAAGAGUAAACAAUGAAGAAAGUAAAGAUUUCAACAUGGAGCCUGAUGUCGUUGAAGAAAGAAAAAUAGAGUAUACUCGCCCAAAAUUUCCAACAUUUGGACUUCCUGCAUUCGGACUUCUAGCCCAGGCUGAGGAGGAUGAAAAAAGUGAUGAAGACUUCAAAUAGCGCAAGAUGUUGCCCAAGUUUCAUGAAAAAAUCAAGAACAGAUAUGGAAGUAGAAAGGAUGAAGGAAUCGCUAGGCUGUCUAAAUAUAGUCUAUAUGAUCAAGGUUCUUCGAAGACAGACCCAAUACCUCCUCCUCAAAGACCAUGACUUCCAGACCCACCUCCAGUCCAACCCAGCCCUCCACUUCAACUACACCUCCUCUCCCUCCUUCGAAUUCCUACAGCCACCCUCAGAGGUGACCCUGUCCCGGUCAAAAUCCAAACGGGUCCACCCAUACUGUGCAGACCCUUAA